UGUACAUGUAUGUGUGUAUCGGUUAGGGUUUAUCUUCACCGCGACAGAAUAUCGUUGACGCGAACAAAUGCGACUUCUUGAUUCAUUUUGAAAACUACUGAUCAGUUUACCUUGAUAUCUAAAAUGUACCGUGACAUGAACGUGUCUCCAUAUAUAAAACGAUUAAGGCUGACAUGAGGACAAACUGGAAGUUCAUCGUGUUAAAUUUGGUGGCUAGCCUGGCUGACAUGUUGCACAUCGCUGGGUUUUGAAACAUGCAGUGGAAUUACAAUGCCAAGUGUUAUCAAGGUGAUUUCGUGGGUUUGUGUCGAAUCGGCAACCAACAACCAGCAGGCCAUUUAAGUCCGUCAAAUACUAUUACGUAAAUUUUGUUAUUUUGAUUCAUCCAAAGAAACAAAAAUAGGAAAUAAUUCACCGAAAUUCACAUGAACAAAUAAUUCUGCUUUGAGAACGACAUUGACGAGACUAGGACCAUUAUGGCAAGAAGAAACCCUCCGCCGCACAGUAUAAAUGAGAAAAGGAAUGCAGUACAGCCCACUUUCGGUCCCGAACUUACGGUACAAGAGUUGAAUCAUCUACGACGGAAUGAACGAAACUUGGCGAUUGCAUUAAGAGCUCGGAAACCACUCUUGGAAACACUGCUUCUUCAGGAUGAGUUGGGGGAUGAAACCAUGGCAAGUCUUGUCGGCAUUGUCAUCUCACUUUCAAAGAUAGGAGGUGAUGAUACGAAAGAAGUGUAUCGAUUCCUAGCUAGCAAGCAAUUCAUCAAGGUUCACCUUCUUUCGCUCGCCUUGAAAUGCAGAAUGGAUAUCACUUUCUGUUACAAAGAGAAUACUCUCCAGAAAGUUGUUUCAGUCUUGAUGGCAUUCAAUCAGUUUCGAUGCGAAAGUAAGGAGAACUUGAAAAUGGUUGCUGCAGUGAUACACGAUACCAUUGAGUAUGCACUGAAUGCGUCUGAUAGAAAGGGGUUCGAAAAGGGAAUCAGUGAUGUCAGAAUAAUACUAAGCAAAGAAGAAACUGGCAAAGGAGGACACAGAGAAGACAUAUGCAACAUCCCCAUAUUUCCAACUGCUGGAGAGGUAAUAGAUCCAGAUGCAGCAAGACUCCCCGAUUCACUUUCAGAAAAUUGCCAUUCUGUGAAAACCCAUCUGGAAUGCCACUAUCGUCUUUUGAGGGAAGAUAUCGCACAACCCCUUCGUGCAGUGAUUUCUAAGUAUCAUCAAGUAAAAAGAGAAAUGGGGCUUGAAGCUGCGAAGAGGAAAUGUCAUAUCAUUGAUGAUGUCAAGUUGCAUGAAAUCAUCACAACGCAUACUACUAAAGGUGUCACAUUUCGUGUUCAGUUUAACACAUCUUCCCUCCAUAAUGUGUCUUGGGAGACAUCAAGGAUCCUUUCCUUUGGGAAUAUGGUCUGUCUGACCAACAACCACUUUCAUGACAUGAUUUUUGCCACAGUGGCUAAGCGUGAUCCAUCAUGGUUAGAACAGGGCUUCGUAGAUCUGCGACUUUUCAGGGUAGAUGAUGCUGGAUUGCUGAUGUCUGGUCUUCACUUCUUUAUGAUCGAUUCUAGAAAGUAUGUUGAAGAAUCAUACGAGGUUCUCGAUGCAAUGCGGAAAAUCGACAGCAAUGCCCUUGCUUUUGCACCACAUGUUGUCUUCCACAAGGCUCAAAAUGCACUUUCGGGUCAUUUAAGGGACGAUCCAGAAGUGCAGUACGAUAUCGGGCCCUUGAUAAAACCCGAGUGCAAUUCAAGUCGGCCUAUGCUCCGAACAAGGUUAACACCUAUCCUUGAUACGGAAAAGUGGCCCGCAACUCAUCAGCUGUGUGUCGAUGAGCAUCAACUCGCUGCUAUCCAGGCAGCUCUGAAGAAACAACUGACUGUCAUCACUGGCGCACCAGGCACAGGGAAAACGUAUUUAGUUGUGAAGCUUAUUCAGCUUUAUCUUCUAAAUAACAGACGCUGGGGUCCUGUCGUUCACUCAUCACAUGAAGGAAACAGUAGUGGCCCCCUUCUUUUUGUGUGUGCGAGUAAGGCAACACUUGAUGAAUACCUUACCAAGGUUGCCUUCUUUCAGCGCAGUGGAAUUGUACGAUGGGCUGGUGACAGUACAAGGAAAGCCCUUCAAGAGUAUCAAAUUGAACACCUGCGGAAAAGCCAACCUGUUUCAACCGCAAACGAAGACCAUAUGUCCCAAGAGAAACUCGAAAAAUGCAAGCGACGUCUUGGAAAUGUACGCGCCAACAUGGCAAAUCUCCGAACUAAGAUAUUUCCUGAAGAGAUCCUCAAAGAUGUCAUGGAUGAAAAUCACUCCAGAAACUUGAUGGCAGGCAGAGAAGCAGAUUCCCAUACCGUAAUCUUGGAAUGGCUGCUUUCAAACUUCUGUGAAAACGAGCUUAGUGACCUUAAAAAUCACAUUCCUUUCCACUUGUCACGUUUUACAUGUCACCAUGGGGAUGUAGAUAGAUGGCUUGAGGAGAAUAUUCCAUUUGUGCUGGAUGCACUCGCUCCCCACGUGUCAACCCGGACCAGGAACUUUGUAGGUAAGCAACUUGGCUCCAGAGACAAGAUGACAGAUUCUGAGUCAAAGAAGAUAACAGAUGUAUGGAGCCUACCUUUGGAGGACCGAUGGAAGAUGUAUCGCCUUUGGACUAACAAACUGGAAGCCAGGGGUCUCCGGAGAGUUAUGACCAUCUUCAAAGAAAUGGAACAGGUCUGCCACGAGUGUCAGAAAUUGCAUGAUGCCGUAGACGAAACUAUUCUUCGUGGUGCAUCUAUAAUAGGCAUGACUGCUUCAUCGGCUGCAAAGAAUCAAAGGGUCAUACAACGCAUCAACCCACGAAUCAUCAUCAUUGAAGAGGCGGCCGAUGUUCUUCAGUCAGUCACAACUGUUGUAAUCUCAUCUGGCUGCCAACAGCUCGUCAUCACAGGCGAAAAUGUCCCAAAGAUAGACCAAUUUCAAGGAGUGAGGAAUAUGUCAGAAAGACACUGCAUUCACUCAUCUCUUUUACAACAGUUGGUCGACAAAAACUACUCCGUUUAUGAACUGAAACGGCAGUAUCGAAUGAGUCCAACUGUAUCCAAGCUAGGCCGCCAACUGUUUAACUACGAAUAUGAUCAUGACCAGGUAGCUAUUGAGUUACCGUCUAUUACCGGAAUUCAACACAACGUUUUCCUAAUAGACCACGGUGCACAGACAUCUCCGGCAACUUAUGAAGCCUCGUUGCUACUUGAACUAUUCAGCUAUAUGAUAGGUCAGGGUUUCACACGAAAGCAGAUUUCAAUCCUUUUGAGUUUCUCCUCGCAGCAGAAACUCUUCGGCAAUGAGAUGAAAGACCGAAUUCUGACUGUUGAUAGCUAUCGAGGUGAAAAUGAUAUCGUCUUGUUCAUGAGUAACGCAAGCGAAAGGACGAGCAGGCCUGGAUGUUUUCUUUUAGACCAACGUAUUGCCAAGGUGUUAAGCAGCGCGAGAAGUGGUCUGUACAUCAUUGGGAAUUUCUCGUUCCUCUCAAGCCAGUCUCCUAUGUGGGGUAGGAUUGUAGAAGAAGCAAGACGACUUGAGUGGAUUGAUCGCUCUCUUAAGUUAACAUGCCCUAAUCACCCGGAUAAUCCGAUCAGCGUUUCCUCGGUAGAUGGAUUUCAGCAGCGUAAAGAGAAACGUGGGUGUGGACUAACGUGUCAAGUUCGUUUGGAAUGUGGACACGGUUGCAAGGAAAUCUGUCAUGACCAUGAUUCUGAGCAGGCAACUAUCAUCUGUAAACAGCCUUGCAACAAGUCAAUUUGCAAGAAUGGUCACAAAUGCACAAAAGCCUGUUCAGAGCCCUGCGACACCGAAUGCAAAGAGAAGAUGGACAAACAGCUCCCAUGUGGCCAUUUCCAAAGGCUCCCUUGUCGUCUCCCGCCACGUCACGCUACAUGUAGAGAUAAAUGUGAACGGUUGCUCAGUUGCGGUCACAAGUGUUCUGGAAUUUGUGGAGACCAAUGCAAACAGGAACUUUGUGUUGAGAAAACGACGAAAUCCAACUGGCCUUGCAAGCACAUUAUAGAGGUGCGUUGUUGUGAUGGUCCAGAAUCCUGUCCUGAGCCUUGUAACUCUAUCCUUGCAUGUGGACACCAAUGCUCUGGAACUUGUGGAAGAUGUCGACGAGGAAGACUACAUGUGGUUUGUCAGCAGCCAUGUGGUCGGACGCUUGUUUGUGGGCAUUCUUGUGAAAGUAAUUGCGCAGCCCAGUGCCCUCCCUGUACGAAACAAUGUCAAAAUAGAUGCCAGCACAGUGAAUGUAGGAAGUUGUGUGGAGAAGCUUGCAUACCUUGUAAGGAACCUUGUCUCUGGCGGUGUCCUCAUGUCUCUUGUGGGAAGUUGUGUGGAGAACCUUGCAACAGAAAGCCAUGUGAUAAACCCUGCAACAAGAAUCUUCCUUGUGGACAUCCUUGCAUUGGAAUGUGCGGAGAAAGAUGUCCAACCAAGUGCCGUGUGUGCGACAGAGAAGAAGUAACAGAGCUUUUCUUUGGUAGCGAGGAUGAAGAAGACGCAAGAUUUGUUCAGUUAGAGGACUGUGGCCACGUAAUAGAGGUGGAGUCUUUGGAUCACUUCAUGAGCAUGACCCAGGAGAGCAGUGAUGACGUCACUAUCCAGCUGAAAGGAUGUCCAAAAUGCAAGACGCCAAUUCGGAGGAAUCUUCGUUACGGGAAUACCAUCAAGCAAACUCUAAGAGAUGUGGAGAAUGUGAAGACGAAAAUGAGAGGAAGUGAAGUGGAGAUCGAGAGCAAGAUGAAGGAGCUGACGGAUAAGUUGUCUCAACUCAGAACCCACUUGGCCUUCACGGGUAGCUUUCUUGAGGAAAAGGACUUGGAAACACUCACUGGAAAUCUUACUCAGAGAAAACAUCUAGAGAUGAUAAUUGCUCGCAUUAACAGGUGUACGUUCUUGCAAGCGACUGCAGACGUUUUUGCAAAGAUGUUUUCUGCGAAAAAAUUCCCGUCUCUGAUUGAAAUUCGAAAGGUAGCCACAGAAAUGAAACUAGGAGAACUGAAAAGCGAAGUCGUUGAUGGAGAGCUAGAUAAGUUCACUGAUCAGCAGAUGAACGACAUACAACGAGAGAUUUCUCGGGCUAAUCUUAGAGUACAAUCCAUGGCUCUCCUAAUGCGCAACACGUACGCUUUGGAUCGCAACAUUCAGAACCGCCAUUUAAAAGCUUUCGACGAUAUUGUUAACAAGGCUACAGAAUUUACCGCUGUGGACGAGAGUCAGGCUAUUCGGCUUCUCCAACAAUUUGAAUUGGAGAUUGGUAAGGUGGGGCUUGGUAUUACCGAACAAGAGCGUGUACAGAUUAUCAAAGCCGUGGGUCUUAGUCAAGGACAUUGGUACAGAUGCCCCAAGGGUCAUGUCUAUGCCAUUGGGGAAUGUGGGGGCGCUAUGGAAGAGAGCAAGUGUCCAGAAUGUGGAGCAAAAAUCGGUGGAAGAAGUCACCGCUUGACCGCCGACAACCGAGUUGCCACCGAGAUGGAUGGUGCUACCCGAGCAGCCUGGCCCUUCGGCAACGUCGGUUACGAUGACUAUGAACCGCAUUUUGAGCAACAAGAAAUAGAAGAACAAUUUGAAAUUGAAAGGCAAAUAAGAGCAAUGCGGGAGAGGCUAGGACUGUAGCAUGUAAUGGGGCUAUCAUCAUUGCCAUGUAAUUAUUGGAUCGUGCAAUGAAUCAAUAAUUCUGGAGAGACUUAACUUGAUUCAAACUGUAAAAUUACUGAAAAUUGCGAGCGAUCAACAAUGCAAAGCAAAAUCUGACGCCAUAACGAAAAAAAUAUAUAUAUUUGUUUUUAAUAUGUUAUAGGCAAAUUAACCACUUCUGGAAGGAUAUUUGAAGAGUUUAAUAACAAUUGUUUCGAAGAGGAAAAUGGGAACUGGCUUUUUUUUGUUAAAUCUACUAAUUCUGUCCGGAGGCCACCACCCUAAAAAAGUGCUUCACAAUUUCUUCCAAUGAAUAUACAUGUUAGCCGUUCAAAUGUGAUAACAUUUUGAAAUGAAAAAAAAAAGUUGAGCACUUAACAGUCAGUUGAGGAACCUUCAACAUUAUCUGAAAGUAGUCCACCGAUGCUCAGUCUGUAGGAAGAAGAAACAUUUAUUUCCAAUUUCUAAGGUACUUAGGGUAUGUCUAUAUUAUUCUUUUAUCUUAUUUUUUAUGUCUGCUUUGGGGGAAAAGAAGAAUAAUGCCUUACAUGUGAAGUAAUCAAACAUUAGCUGCGGCUCCCGAAUGAAAGAGUUGCGUUUUAACAACAGUAAUAGGCACCUUUAGCAAAUCUCUACAACGCGAGAUUACAGUCGGGUAACUCAAAAGUUAACGAUUAAUCAUAGACUCGAAUUUCUAGAU